AUGGAGCCCCAUGCUGGGGCGGGAGCAUCCUCCCAGGACCGGCGCUGGGCCGGGGCCGGCUUCGUCCACACCAGUGACCGCGGUGACCCUGAGGGAAGGCGAGUCUCCCGGGCCCCGGGGCUCCCCGGGGGCGGCACCGAGUCUCCUGGCUCCGCCAGCGGUGGGCAUGGCACGUGUGGCCACACGGGCCGAGCUUGCGGAUGGCUGAGCGUGUACACCACCACGCGCGCCAACCUCGGCGGCGAGAACAGCGUGGAUCUGGUCCUGAACGUGGAGGACUUCGACGUGGAGUCCAAGUUUGAAAGGACUGUCAACGUGUCUGUGCCCAAGAAGACGAGAAACAACGGGACACUGUAUGCCUACAUCUUUCUCCACCACGCCGGCAUCCUGCCAUGGCAUGACGGGAAGCAGGUGCACCUGGUGAGCCCGCUGACGACCUACAUGGUCCCCAGGCCGGAGGAGGUGAACUUGCUCACCGGCGGGACGGCCGCCCAGCAGGUGGAAGCCGAGAAGGGGCCGGCCAGCGCCCUGGACGAGCCCGUGUCUCACUGGAGACCCAAGCUGACCCUGAACGUCAUGGUGGACGACUUUGUCUUCGACGGGUCCUCCCUGCCGGCUGACGUGCACCGGUACAUGAAGAUGGUCCAGCUGGGCGAGACCGUGCACUACCUGCCCAUCCUGUUCAUCGACCAGCUCAGCAGUCGCGUCAAGGACCUCGUGGUCAUCAACCGCUCCACCACGGAGCUGCCACUGACCGUGUCCUACGACAAGAUCUCCCUGGGCCGCCUGCGCUUCUGGAUCCACAUGCAGGACGCCGUGUACUCGCUGCAGCAGUUCGGCUUCUCCGAGAAGGACGCCGACGAGGUCAAAGGGAUUUUCGUGGAUACCAACUUGUACUUCCUGGCGCUGACCUUCUUCGUGGCCGCGUUCCACCUUCUGUUCGACUUCCUGGCAUUUAAAAACGACAUCAGCUUCUGGAAGAAGAAGAAGAGCAUGAUGGGCAUGUCCACCAAGGCGGUGCUCUGGCGCUGCUUCAGCACCGUGGUCAUCUUCCUGUUCCUGCUGGACGAGCAGACCAGCCUGCUGGUGCUGGUCCCGGCGGGCAUCGGGGCCGCCAUCGAGCUGUGGAAAGUGAAAAAGGCCCUGAAGAUGACCGUGCGGUGGAGGGGCCUGCGGCCCGAGCUCCAGGUGAGCGGCGCCCCGGUCGGGGCCGAGUCACCCACCCGCUCCACAGGGGUCUACGCCUUCGGCUUCCUCUUCAUGCUGCCCCAGCUCUUCGUGAACUACAAGAUGAAGUCGGUGGCUCACCUGCCCUGGAAGGCCUUCACCUACAAGGCCUUCAACACCUUCAUCGACGACGUCUUCGCCUUCAUCAUCACCAUGCCCACCUCCCACCGGCUGGCCUGCUUCCGCGACGACGUGGUCUUCCUCGUCUACCUCUACCAGCGGUGGUGA